AUGCUCCGGAAAUCCGACACGGUGGGUCCACGGAAGCCACGUACUCCGUUGGCGAAGGGUCGAUGUGACUGUCUUCCACGAGGGGAAGAAAAGGUGGUAAAAUACCAGCCAGCCAUCCCUCUGGCAGCCCAACUUCACCAACGCCGGAAUCCUGCCAGUGGUGGGAACCCAGGGGAUCUUAAAAUUCCUAGUGCAGUGUUCGGCGCCUUUCCAAUGGGCGCGCACGCGGCGGGGCGGCGCGCGUAUCGGGGCUCGCCGCUUCAACCUCCGGGACCGGAGGCGAAGGGCGAGUCACCGGCCCUCAGUCAACCGCCGGCCCGUCAGGCAGGCAGUCUACGCCAGCCAGGAGAUAGUCGAGCAGUCCACUCGCCGAGUCAACACGUGACUCUACUACGGCCCGGCAACUCUCCAUCAAAAUUGGGGACAAAGCUAGAGGUUCUAACUACAGGAUGUGCUAGUGUCGCCGGAUACAGCUGCCGCGGCGCGUUCUUUUGCAUCAAGCGCGUGUGUUUGCAGCGCGCCACUGUAAUGGUCCCCACCGCGUUAUACGGGAGUUCUAGGGCCCUGGUGUGGACCGCGGCGGGGCCACCAAUCCCGAGAGGCGACUCCGUGGAGGGGAGAGAGCCGGUCGCUUGCUCUACCGGAGGCCCCACCCUGGGGGCAGCGGUCACUGCUGAUGUAGCAAAGACAAACACACGGCACUCUCUUGAGAGUGAGUUACACCUUUGCUAUCUCUUAUCAGAGAAUAUCCCCAGAGGCCCUUUCAUGUGUUUUAGGCUGGGGAAAGGUCCUGUCCGCCUUUCACACGCCAGCGGCGGCGGCGGCGGCGGCGCGCGCGCGGCGGCGGGCGGCGGCGGCGCGGCGGCGGCGGCGGCGGGCGGCGGGCGGCGGCGGCGGGGCGGCGGAGCAGGAAGAGACGCUAGACAGACAGACGCUCUGCGGGCGGCCGUGGCGCGUACCUUGACGGCAGCUCCUCUUAGCCCAAUGCAGCGAGGCCGGCACACGAGCCGGCGCGCCAAGUACAAACAGCGUGGAGCAGCGUUCCGGCCGACCGUGUCGGCUGCAGGGUGCAAUGAACUAAUUACGGCCAUCCAUAAAUCGCGAUACGCCGCAAGGAAGGAGAGAAAAUUGUGA